AUGGCGGAUGUAUCAUCGGCCGCGGCAACAGAUGGUGCAACUAUCGCAACACCCAUCAAUCUUAUUCUCAUUGCUCUCUUGAUGAUCCUGGCAUACUACCGCCUCAGUCCCAAGACAGCACUCACCCUACCGACUCCACCAGCACCGACAGUCUUUAAGACCUUCACUCCUCCCGAUCUCGAGCCUUACAACGGCCGCAACAAUAUGCCCGUCUAUCUCGCAGUUCGCGGCAGAGUGUUCGAUGUGACACCUGGACGUAACUUCUACGGCCCAGGAGGCCCUUAUGCCAACUUCGCUGGACGCGACGCGAGUAGGGGCUUGGCCUGUGGCAGCUUCGACGAAGAUAUGUUGACCAAAGAUCUGAACGGACCGCUCGACACUCUGUCGGACUUGGGUGACGAGGAGAUGGAAGCUCUAAGAGGCUGGGAGGAGAGGUUCUCGGAGAAGUACUUGGUCGUCGGCAAACUUGUGCAUGUAGGCAGUGAUGAAGCCAAUGAUGCCACUCCAGCGGAGAAGCUGUGA